CGGCAGCUUUCCGUAAGCGCGGUCCCGAAGAUGGGAGGUGCGGUGAGUGCUGGUGAAGACAACGAUGAGCUGAUAGACCAUCUGAAGGCGGCGCAGUACAUCCGCUCCGAGCUGGUGGAGCAGGCCUUCCGAGCUGUUGACCGCGCCGACUAUUACCUCGAGGAGUUUAAGGAGAACGCGUACAAGGACUUGGCGUGGAAGCACGGUAACAUCCACCUCUCCGCUCCGUGCAUCUACUCGGAGGUGAUGGAGGCCCUGGACCUGCAGCCUGGCCUUUCCUUCCUGAACCUGGGCAGCGGCACCGGCUACCUCAGCUCCAUGGUGGGGCUCAUCCUCGGUCCUUUUGGUGUGAACCACGGGGUGGAACUCCAUUCAGAUGUGACAGAGUAUGCGAAGCAGAAGCUGGACUUUUUCAUCAGGACAAGUGACAGCUUCGACAAGUUUGACUUCUGCGAGCCCUCCUUCGUCACUGGCAAUUGCCUGGAGAUCUCUCCAGGCUGCUCUCAGUAUGACCGGGUGUACUGCGGGGCAGGCGUGCAGAAGCAGCACGAGGGGUACAUGAAGAGCCUCCUCAAAGUCGGGGGCGUCCUGGUCAUGCCGCUGGAAGAGAAGUUGACUAAGAUAACUCGGACGGGUCCUUCCGCCUGGGAAACCAAAAAGAUUCUGGCUGUGUCUUUUGCUCCACUCAUCCAGCCCUGCCAGUCGGAGUCAGGAGAAUCAAGACUUGUCCAGUUACAUUCCAAGCAGUGCACGACCGGCUGUUGAGUGUGCUGACUUCCCCAGGUGGGGAGACUCUAAGGAAAGAGCAGGGAACCCCUCCCCCAGGACAUGUGGAGAUCAGGUGACUUUUCCAAACUCUUCCCGCCCAUCCGGGCCCUCAUCCCCCAUCCGGACACGGCGGGGUUUCCAGCGGUGCGGGGCUCUGGCGCCGCCCUGCAGGGAGCAGCCCUGCUACCCGCGGCUACAGCGCCGCCUGCUGGUCUCUCCGUCCUCCCACUGGGCACAGUCGUCACCUUCCCCGCUGCCUCGGAUGCUCUGUCUCCUCGCUGUCCUGUGAUCAGCCCCUCGUCCCCACCGCCAUCACCCCCAGCUCCACAGCCCUCCUCCAGCCUCAGGGAUGACCCAGGACCCUUCCUGGGCUCCCCGCCUGCCCACCCUUGGUCGGUGUCCUCAGUCCACCUGUGCAGACAGGUGAGGAUCCCCUCCAGAGGUUCCCAAACGCUUCACCCCCUACAUCCUCCCCGGGGUCGGCCCAUGUGCUGUCGGGAUGUUCCACCCUCACCAAGCCCCCAAGUACAUGGCAAGGGCAGGCGUCAGGCCUGCUGCAUGCACUGCUGUGCGUCCGUCUCUAUACACAGGCAUGACACUGCCCAGGGUGCAGGAAAGGCAGCCUUACCUCGGGAUGUGGGGAGAGGGGCUGCCCACAGGGUGGAUGUCAGCUCUCGGCUCAUCAGGCAAGGGCAGCCGGGUUCUCGCUCCUUGGACCCUUUCUCACCCAGCCGGACCGUGACCCGGCUUUGUUCCCACCCCCGGUGUCCCUCCAUUGGCCUCGCUCUUGUGAGCAGAGCAGGACAGUGUGGUCUGUGGUCACAGGCUGAGACACACAGACACUGGCUGACCUGCGUGCACCCAGCUGACCCCACGGAACGGGCACUGCACCAGGGCCUGUGCGGUGUGGGUUCGCCUGCCCACAGAGAGGCCGGGCCUCUGUCCUGGCUCCAGAGGUCACCUUGAGUCUGAUGGGAGUGUCCGUGCUCCGUGGGCCUCGCUCCAGGCUGGUCUGUGCUGAUGGCAUGAUACACGGUGGGACUUCCUGAGUCCCCCUCGGGGGCUGGAGGCUAAGGUCAGGCACAUGGCGGUCCCCACAUUGAUGUGACAGACCCCUAUAAACCCUGCACUUCAGGACUCAGGUGGACUUCCCUGGGCUGCCACAGCCGAGGAGGCUGGACCCUGCUCGUCCCCCUGUCCUCGCUGAUUUUAACUUGCAUCCUUCACCAUAAUAAACCCUGAGUAUAACAGCUUCAGGGAAUUCUGGGAGCAAGAAAAAAGAAGCCGGGGAGGGGGUCUCUGGGUCCCCAGCUCUGCAGUUGGGGGCAGAAGUCGGUGGGGAGGAUCUUGGGGCCCUGGAAUCUGAAGGGCUCCCCUACCAGGGGAGGGGUAGGAGACCCCGGGUUGUAGUUAAGCUGAGUCCAAGGCCCUCCUGUGUAGGAGGCAUCCUAGCCCCGGGGAUCCUGAAGCGGCCGGCUCCCUCCUCCCCUCCGCCUGCAGGCCUGGUCCCUGCUCUUGAGAGAUUCCCUAGGGUGGCGUCCUGGUGCUGGAGGUGCCCCGAUGCUGUGGCCUCCUGAGUCUCCAGGGAGGAUAACGGGAAUGGGGGAAGACCUGUUCACAGAAAGGGAGCUUCUGCCGGAACAGAGCCUGGGUCUGCUGCCCCCGACCCCAGGUGCACUGGGGCAGGAAUGUGAGAGCGAGGCUCCCUCCCCUCCCAGGACACACAGGACACAUGGACGCUGGUCGCUGGACUCCCACACAAUAUUAAAAUCUCCCACGCAGGCCUGUUGGGUGAGAGACACUAUUUAAAGACUAUUAAUGGGGGAGGGGGCCCAGGGGGUAAGGCUGAUGUGGGGAGACUUGGAAAAUCACCCAAGGAUGCACUCUCCCUGCAGCGACCCCGCAGGUGAGCCCAGGUGGAGGUGGACCCAUCAAGUCAGAGCCCACAUCCUGGGUCUUUGGAGGACAAAUAGCCAAGCACCCCCAGUCCUUGCCUUCACCUGCUGCAGUUAGGGCCUGCCCUGUCUUCUUCACGGUCAAAUUCUCAGCCCUCCCAGAAGCCCUCUUGGGGGUUAAUGCGACGGGGGUGUCCAUGGCAGGACUGGAGGGUCUGUGGUGGGCUGGAGGCCUCGUGGCAGGCAGGCGGGCUCCCACCGAUCCUGCCGGUCCACACCUGGUCAUAGGCCCGCACAGAGUCCAUCAGGCUGUGGAUGUGGUAGAAGGUGCCAGGGACCGGUCCAGCCCAUGCAGGUUUCUGACCACCGAGCAGUCUGUGUGGAGUAUUCCCAGGGAGCCCUGGCUGUGGUCGCACCCUCCCAGGAAGGACACGUCAGCAUGGUCCCUGGAAUGACCGGGAGGUCAGCCAGAAGUGCCCCCCACCCAACCUCACUGUUACCACAAGAAACAAGAGACAACUCCAUGCAGAAAGACAGAACAUCACCAGCCUGAUGCUGUCUUGAGGAAGGUCGGCUGGCAUCUGGGAACUGGGUGCUAUGGUGGGUUGAAUGGGGAGGUCCCCCCAAAAGUUAUGUCCACGUCAUGGCUCCCAGAAUCUGAGAAAAGAACCUUAUUUGGAAGUAGGGUCUCUGCAGGUAUAAUUAGUUACGGAUCUGGAGAUGAGGUCAUCCUGGAUCCGGGUGGCCCUGAAUCAGUGACAGUGUCCUUCUAAGAGACUAGAGGAGAGACACAGACACACAGGAGACACCAUGUGAAGAUGAAGGCAGAGACGGGAGGGAUGAGGCCACAAGCCCAGGGACGCCUGGAGCCCCCAGAAGCUGGAAGAGGCGGGAAGGACCCUCCCCUGGAGCCUCCGGAGGGAGCGCGGGCCUGGGACACCUUGACCUCAGACGUCUGGUCUCCGGGACUGAGAGAGGACAGGUUUCUGUUGCUCUGAGCCUCCGUUUGUGGUCGUUUGUCACAGCUGCCCUGGGAAGCUAAUGCAGCUGGUGAGCAGCUCCCUGGCCUGAUCUAAACCCUCCGGCCUCCCGUUAGGGGCAGCCCCCUGCGCCUGUGCUGUGUGCACAAACCAUGUGGUUCAUGCUGAACCCCGGCUCCCCUUCUGGGCACCGGCAUUUUGGAGGGUGAGGGCAGACAACACCACGUGACCAGCCCCCAGCCGGGUACCAAGCCUCUAAUGGGCUUCCCUGGGGGGACGGGGGUGGGGGUAACUGUAAUGGUUCUGCCCUUGUUGCUGGGGGAAGAGACACCCUAGAGACCCUCGAGGGAAGGAGGGGGCAUGAAGGGUCACGAGGUGACCGGAGCAGGGGCCCUCCCUCCCGUGCAUCCCUACUGCGUGCUGUGACCCAUCUCAGCUGUGAGGACACAAGUCACAAGCAUGUGCUGGGUCCUGUGAGCCUCCCAGCCGAUACCUGAAGGUGAGGGUGGCCCUGCAGACCCCAGCCCUCUCCUCCACGUCUAGUAGGUGGAAGACCCACUUCUCCUUGCCAUUCUAGAAGCGGUUCUGGGGCUGUCCUGGGAGGGCUUCUGGGAUUAUGCAGGCUGAGCCCCUGUUGCUAAGUCCCCACUAUCCCACAAGAGCCUCCAGAGCAAGCUGUUUGCCCUGUUGCCUGAAUGACCACCCACCAGUUUUCUGAGGAAAGAAUCAGGGGUUUCUGUAGCAGCAUCCGCAGGCAGCUCUGCUUCUGGGGGCCACGUUCACAUCUUCUGUGUAAACACCGAGAACCUUCUCUGACACGUGCCCCCGGCUGACCCCCUCUGCAUGCCGACCACAGGCCCCAGUGCGGGCGUCAGACUGCCCGCCCGUCUCAGCCUCCUGUUGUUGUCAGAGCUGCUCCGGGCCCUGCUCAAACCCGUGCACCCACCUUUCACAGGGCUGUCCUGCACCCCCACCUUCAGCAGGAGUUCCCCUAAGUAUUUAAGUGAAGGGGUCCAGAGGUAAGAAAGGACGCUACAAACAAACAAACAGAUGGAACCAGCUGGGACCAGGAUGGCAACGAGUGUGACCUCCAACCGACCCCAGUCUCAUCACAUGUUGAAUUUACUACAUCAGCAUAUUAAGUGACACACCUACCGGCGGCCAUGGCUGGACAUGAAGGGCCAGAAACGGGUAAAAGGAGGUGGUACCCCAGCCCCUUGGAAGAAGCCCCGCCCCUUCCCCGGAAGGCCUCUUCAUCCCACCACUAGCCUCCCUCCUCCUCCCUUUGCCUUUACUCUUUAAAAUUAAACCACUGUCUCCAGGAGGGCGAGACGGUGAUCUGUGAGCUCAGUUCCCGCUUCUCCACUCUUUGGCCACUGAACAGAGCCUGUGCUGUGUUGGUCUCGGCUUUGGUUCUGUUCUUUGCCUACUGGAACCCACGUGGGAAAAGGAAACCUUCCCCGCUGAGGCAGAGCGCCUCGCAGGCUGGGGCCCGAGCAGGGUGCACAUGACUUCACCUGGUAACAGUCUGUAAGGGGACGGUGGUCUCUGCCCGCGGGGUGGGGAGGGAACGCCUACA